GUAACAUAUAAAGCAUUGGCAAAGCUGCAAAUUCUACAAUUGCCAUCUAUCCGAACCAUUCAGAGGAAAAUGCAAGGUGCUUUCGAGGUCAGCGGUCCUUCACAAGCAAAUUUGAGAGCUGCAGCUAAUUCGUACCGCACAUUUCAAGAUGAAGCUGUUAGGCAGGGAAGACCCAAGCCCACAGGAGAAGGUGUCCUAAUAUUAGAUGAAGUCAAAGUUAUUGGAAAGCUAAUGUGGAACAGUAAGAACCAUGAAAUUUAUGGAUUGGCACUGACUCAUAACGAAUUAACUAGUCUCCAUGAUGUCUAUCAGAGUUUGGACAAACAACAAAAAAUACAACCGGCACAAAAUAUUCUACAGUUUCUGUGGCGUGAUCUCACAUCAUCAUUCGAUGUGAUUGGACCUUACUAUCCUACUGAGGCAGCUAUGGACAGCAAGUCAACAAUGACAGCCCUACUGGAAACUAUGAUCAUUUGCGAACGACAUGGAUUCCAUGUUUCUGCUAUCGUCUGUGAUGGGGCUAGUGCAAACCUGACAACUAUUAAGUUGUUAACAACAGGGAAGAGAGGCCCCAGCCAGCAGGAAUCGGACAUACAGCCUUGGUUUGCAAACCCAUUUAGAGAACACGCCAAAGUGUAUUGGAUCAUAUGCCCUUCACACCAGCUUAAGAACAUGAUAAAUGCCUUGCAUAAUUCACGACAACAAGGUGCAAGGGACUUUACAUCACUACAGCCUACUGAACAUGGCAUUGGAUUAGUGCCAUUUGGAUGGACAGCGAUACAAGACCUCUACAAACGAGAAGUCGUCCGACGCGACAAAGGUUGCCUUAGAAUGGUACCAGGACUCCAGAAAAAUUUCAUCGUGAGAGAUGCCUGGACCAAACUCAAUGUUAAACCAGCUAAAAUUAUGCAGCAAGAACGUGUUUUGGCUGAACUAAGAACUUAUGCUGUGCCAGAAACCAGCACACUGCAGCCAAAUGAUGCCAACAAUGUACUGGCAACUGCAGAAUAUCUAACAGCCUGCAACCUGAUGUUUGAGCAAGGUUUCCUGUCGCAUAAAACAGCUACAGCUACAGCUACAGGCACGGUUACAGCUACUUUGAAAAGUGGCAUAGAGGCCUAA